UACUGAGGACCCUUAUGUCACUGAGUAGCACCUGAAAUCGCGCUGUCCAAAUUACAUUAUUAUAUGCAGACUUUAGUCAGUCUUGUCACAGGUGUGGAAGUGUGUGGAGCUGAAUGCAGAAGGUUGUAGCAGUGCUUGGUGGGGGGAUUGGUGGUCUGUCAGCCUGUCACCACCUCAGCAAGAGCCCUAAUGUUUCCAAGAUUGUGCUGCUUGAGGGGUCUGGGCGAUGUGGAGGUUGGCUGAGCUCCGUACGGAGGGAUGACGGGGCUGUAUUUGAGCAAGGACCACGAGGGGUGCGACCUGGAGGUGCUGUCGGACGAAACACUCUCAAUAUGGUCUCAGAGUUGGGUCUUGAGUCGGAACUCUUGCCAAUUACGAGUGAUCAUUUGGCAUCUCAGAACCGCUUCUUGUAUGUUAAAGGACAGCUGCACAAGAUGCCUUCAGGACUUGGUGGGGUUCUCCGCACCAUCCCUCCUUUCUCCCGUCCUAUAAUCCAGAGUGUUUUGAAGGAGUUAGUGAUCAGUAAAGGGACAGAAGAGGACGAAUCUGUGCAUGCAUUUGUGUCCAGACGGCUGGGCUCUGAGCUGGCAGAUAUAGCCAUAGACUGCCUGUGUAGAGGAGUGUUUGCUGGAGACAGCAGACAGUUGAGUGUGCGCUCCUGCUUUCCUCCUCUUUAUGAAGCAGAGCAGGCACGCGGGUCCAUCGUGCUGGGCAUGCUGAUGGGUUCAGGUGCUGGUCCUAAAGUAGUCCCUUCAGGCUUGGCAAAGAGAGCAUCUAAAGAGUCCUGGACUCAGUGGUCUCUAAAGAGGGGCAUGCAGACCCUUCCAGAAGCCUUGGAGGAUUCGCUGAGGAGGCGAAAUGGAGUGGAGCUUCACCAUCAUGCCAAAGUGAAACGUCUAAACGUGGACAGCACAGGCUGGGAGAUCAAACUAGAUGAUGGCACCUCUUUAAAAGCUGAUCAUGUGAUUUCUACUUUACCUGCAUCAGCUUUGGCCUCAGUGCUGCCUCCUGCUGCUCAAACCCUGUCAGAGCAGCUGCGGUCCAUCGCUUCAGUGAACGUGGCUCUGGUCAAUCUGGAAUAUGAAGGCUUCAUCCUCCCAGUUACUGGCUUUGGGCAUUUGGUGCCUUCUACAGAAGAUGCGGGAGUAUUAGGGGUGGUGUACGACUCAGUUCCUUUUCCAGAACACAAUCGCAGUGGAGGAGCGACAACUAGACUGACGGUGAUGAUGGGAGGAGCGUGGUUCGAGCAGACGUUUGGGAGUCCGGAUUUAGUAAUGGAGCAGACACUGUUGGAUCGAGCCGUUCAAGCUGUGAACUCUCACCUGAGCGUAACCUCACAGCCUGUUUGGAGCUGCGUUGCUUUACUAAAGAACUGCAUUCCACAGUAUCAUUUAGGACACUGGAAACGACUUGAAAAGAUGAGGCAAUAUAUCAGCAACCACAAUCUGGCCCUUACACUGGCGGGAGCUUCCUACGACGGUGUCUCUGUCAAUGAUGUUAUAUUUAGUGGGCGGACGGCAGCUGAGGGUCUUGUCGGAAAAAUAUGAUUUACACUAGCAUAAUGUUGACUGAGUGAGGUGAGAGGCUUUUGUUGAGAUUUGAGGUACUUGAGAGAUGUGUUUUGUGGUUCCUGAGGAGGAUCUGGAAAAUGCACAAUCAUAUAUGAACAACAUGAACCUAACAUGAAUGUAAAAAAUGCAUCUGUUUAUUUGGGAUUGAAGCACAUUUAAAAAAAAUCAUUGUCAUUAUGAUGCAGUAUGAAUUAAAUUUGUUCCAGUAAAAUUUAAUUAUCUUAAUACUGUUAAACAUGAAACAAACAAUAUGAGACAAUAUGAAAAUAUUUUAAAUUAUUAUAAUUAUUUGUACUUGUAAUCUUUUACAUUAUUACCAUGUAGUUUUUGUAAUUGUUGUUAUUUUAAUACUUAAUUUAAAGUUUUUCGUGUCUUAGAGAACUAGCCACAAUCUCCAUGCCAGCAAAUAAAACUAAUUAAAUAAAUUAAUGAUAGAAAUAUCAAGAAA